AUGACAAUGGAGAAUCAGAAUACUUUAUCACCAUCGUCACCUCCUCUACCGCCGCCUCCACCGCCGCCGCCGUCAGAAGAACCCGAUUCGAAAAAGCUCAAAAUGUCCACCACCACCGCCGCCACUUCCGAUGACGAAGACCGCACCACCAACACCGCGAACGCAGAGAAAAAGCCCAGAUAUAAACGAAGAAAAAUCGCAAUACUCUUCGCGUACUGUGGAGUAGGCUACCAAGGGAUGCAAAAAAACCCUGGUGCGAAAACCAUUGAAGGAGACCUCGAAGAAGCUCUUUUCUUCUCCGGCGCCGUCCCUGAACAAGACCGGGGUUGUCCAAAGCGUUUUGAUUUUGCGCGAUCUGCCCGAACCGAUAAGGGCGUUAGCGCCGUCGGGCAAGUGGUUUCUGGAAAGUUCUAUGUAGAUCCGCCGGGCUUCGUGGAACGCCUCAACAACAACUUGCCGCCUCAGUUUCGGAUUUUCGGGUAUAAGCGGGUGACGGCGUCGUUUAGUGCAAAAAAGUUCUGCGAUCGACGGAGGUAUGUUUAUUUGUUACCCGUUUUUGCACUUGACCCCACAUCUCAUCGUGACAGAGAGAGCGUGUUGGCUAGUGUAGGCUCUGAAAAUGAGCUUGUAAAAUGUUUGGACUGCUCAGAGAGAGGCAGAAAAGUUGAAAUACAUUCAGGCAUUUCAUCGAACACCUCCACUACAUUACCGGGUUCAAAUGGAAAAUCAUUGGAAAAGUCAUCUUCUGUAUCCACGGACUGCAACAAUAAUUCAAGUUCCGAUGCUGUAAAUGGUGCUGACAAUGUAGAAAAUGGCACCGUUGUAAAAGAGAAUGUGUUCAGUUAUGGUGACAAAGAGAAGGAGCGGUUUAACAAGAUUCUUAAACAGUAUGAAGGAACUCACAAUUUUCAUAAUUUCACCACAAGAACCAAGGCUGCUGAUCCUUCUGCUAAUCGUUACAUUAUCUCGUUUCAUGCUAACACAACAGUGACAGUUGAUGGGAUCGAAUUUGUCAAAUGUGAAGUUGUUGGGCAGAGCUUUAUGCUUCACCAGAUUAGGAAGAUGAUCGGUGUUGCUGUUGCAAUUAUGAGGAACUGUGCCCCAGAAUCAUUGAUGGAAACAGCUCUACAACAGGAUGUCAGAAUCACUGUGCCAACAGCUCCUGAAGUUGGUUUAUAUUUAGACGAGUGUUUCUUCUCAUCAUAUAACCAAAAAUGGAAAGACACCCAUGAAGAAGUGUCCAUGAAAGCUUACGCAGAGGAGGCCGAGGAGUUCAAAUUAAAGCAUAUUUAUUCUCACAUUGCAUCAACAGAGCACAAAGAAGGAGCUGUCGCUGUUUGGCUACACUCUUUAAACUACCGAAAUUAUCCAGAUUUAUGCCCCGAGGAAACCGGUGCGCCAACCACUCAACUCGAAGCAACAACUCGGUGCAAUCCGGACAUUUUAAAUCAUAAUCAAAAGGCAAACCCCUCCAAAAAGCCCGAUCCUAUGCUUGCUUUAAUCGCAUCGGGUCGCGUUCGCAUUUGGCCUUUACCUAUACAUUGGAAGACAACAAUUUCCGAGGUAAAUUUAGACCAUCUCGCCACAACAAUCAAGAAUCGCCUCAAUGUAAUUUUCCCAUACCUUUUAGAACUCGGGAACCUCUAUCGUGGUUCCGAGGCCGAUAUUAUCGCCGAUGUCAACGUUUUGGUCGACACUGCGAUGGCGGUCACUUACAACCGACUCCGUAAAGUUCUCCAACGUUACGAUUCGACCGCUUUCGCCGCCCGGAUGAACCCUCGAUCGCCUUAUAGCAACCGCUUUAAGUUUCCGACUUUUUUAUCUUCGGUUUUAAGUAGCAUCGGGCCUCUAAGAAUAACCGAUGGCCCGGUAGAUACGCAUGUCGUGUACGCCACGUCAUCCGCCACGUGUCGAAACUACGGGCGGGCCAAGCAGUUCAACUUUAGCCAUCGUUAUGAUCACUUUAUUGAAUGUCUAGAGGCAAUGGGGGUACCGUGUGCUCCGAUUGACGUGAAGUCAACCAAUCGCGGCGGGUCGUUUUUCUCGACUGUGAUCCCGACUUUUGAACACGGUGUAUGGAGGUUCACGGCCCCGUUUCAUCACUCGCAUUAUGAGCCGAAAGAUAUCGUGAGUGCUUGGCUAACGCAAAAUGACGAUCCUGCCCUUCGGGCUUUUGAGGAUUUGAGUGUGACGAUCGGGUUGUGUACUGAUCCUAAGGUGAUUGAUGCGGUUGCUGGUGUGGACGGGGAUGUGGGUCCUACACGGUUGGUUGGUGGGACUUUUGCGGUGAAUGUUUCCGGGAUACGACCCGCAGGGUGUGGGUCCGACCCGGCUGGUGUUUAUAUUGUUGGACGGGGUAGUGAACGUUACUAUUGCACUUCGCUUGCUCAAAGAAUCUAUCCAGACGAAAUGUAUUCGUUGUUGCGUGAAUAUAUUUUUGAUCCACCAAAGGAGAGUACAAGUUUUUAGGCGUGGUGUACAAACAAUGAUAUUAUGCAAG